AUGGUUGCCAACUGCAUCUCCCUUUCGGGAUCUGCUGCUUGUCCAGCCUGGGACAGCUCUUCGGUUUCUACCGACUCUAGCCAAUACGCAUCAUUUCCAUGGCUCAAGAACGUUACGGAUGUUAAAUCAUUCGAUAAAUCAUUAACUGAUUAUGUUGGCUAUCCCUACAUCUCAAACAAAUAUGUCGACUUGUUAGGAUGUUCAGGGGUGAACAGCAGCGCAUUGAACGACUACUAUGCUCGAUAUACCACCAGCGUCAUCUGUAGUAGCAUUGUACAGAGCUCAAUCAAAGACUGCGAUCUCUCACCCGCCCAAUCCGCCCCCAUAUGUGCCGACACCUGCUCUUAUAUGGCCCAAAGCGAGGAAGAAAUCGUCAUUAAUCCCGAGCUUUGCGCGAGCACCGACAAGAAUUAUAUGGAUCAAAUUCGCUCCGACUUCGAAAUCUGCGCUCAUCCGUCAAGGGCUCUCACCGGAAGCUGUGUGGAGGGAUCGACCAACGAACCCGAUAACUGUGGUUAUGCCAACAGCACCAUCGGCUUGUGUACCUACUGCUCUUCGACCUUCGGCAACACAACCGACACGUGCUGCAAGAGCACUGACGUGGCUAGCAAGUGCUCAGGCGUUACCAUUCCAAGCUCAACAGCAACUUUACAGCCUGUAGUGACAACCAGCGCCGCUGCUUCUGCUGGUGCUAGCCACGGUUUGUCCGGUGGCCAGAUUGCGGGUGCAGUUGUAGGAGCCGUCGCAGGUGCCGCCAUUUUGGUUGCUUUGAUUGUCCUGCUUCUCAUCUGCUGCCGGCGCCGUCGCCGUGACUCACAGAGCGAGGUUGCUCUGAAUGCACCAAACCCACAACGAAAGGGAGUUUCGCCAUCGAUGCCAAUGCAGCAGGCCGAAAGCCCUCAGCCAUACAACAUUGUACCAGGUGGCCGCGUUGCACGCAUGUCCGCGCUGCGUGAAGUUCCGAGCUCCUCUCCUGCCCACUCGCGAACAUCCGCCGCUAUGUUCGCUGGUGCAAAGUAUGGCAGUGAUACAUCCGACUCCGAGAACACGGGUGCAAGCCCCGGGGCCAUGUCUAAGAGAAUCCCCCCUGUCACCGGAAAGCGCCUCGGCUCGCUAUCAAGUAGCUCUGUUCUGGCUGGACUAGAAAGUGAUAGCUCUCCAAGGUCUGGCACUGUUGGCCAAUACUCGUACUCUUCCCCCGAGGGAGUUACAAGCGGCCAGUCAGAGCAACUAUCCUAUUUCCGGGACUACUAUUCGCAGGAUGAUAUUCACCCAGGUGACCAAGUCGCCGUUCUCUGGGCCUAUUCUGCACGGGCAGGAGACGAGUUCGAGCUGGACCGUGGUGAAAUGCUGAAGGUUAUUGGUAUUUGGGACGAUGGCUGGGCCACGGGUGUGCGUCUACACGACCGAGCAGAGGAUUUCGAAACUCAUCGCGCCCAACGAGACAGUGGUGUCUCCAACGGCUCGACUCGGGCAGGCCCGUCUCCAGCACCAUCUGGCGAGAUCAAGGCUUUUCCCUUGGUCUGCGUCUGCCUGCCGCAGCACUGGCGGAAAAUCAUCGAGGGCAGUGUACAAGAAGAGGACGAGGAGGACCAGUAA